GUUGUGCGAUUUGCACUCCAUACAAAAAACACUGAACUACAUCUAGUGAGUACGGUAUAGUAUGUUUCAGCACGAUCUGCUCACUCACUUAACUUGCAGUUGCAUGUAAUUUCCCGCGAAACAUUCGGGACGUAGACCCAAUUUGGCUCAUCUUUUCAGCGCAUUCACAGUUCUAGAUCUGUUGCUAGACCAAAGUAGACCAUGGCAGGCAGAAAUUUCAAGCCGGGAGACAAAGUGUUUGCCAAGAUGAAAGGAUGGCCUCACUGGCCUGCCAGGAUUGACAUGGUACCCGAAGGUGCUGUCAAACCACCUCCAAAUAAACUCCCCAUCUUCUUCUAUGGAACGCAUGAGACUGCAUUCAUGUUGCCCAAGGACCUGUUCCCAUAUGAGGAGUACAAACACAAGUAUGGUCAAACUCACAAGAAGCACAAAGCAUUCAACUUUGGGUUAGAGGAGAUCAUUGACAAUCCUGAUGUUAAUCUUUACGCGCAGCAACCACCUUCCACCUCGGAAGAAGAAAUAGAAGAAGAAGAAGAAGAAGAAGAAGUAGGAGAAGCGGAGCCAGAAUCAUCCGAGGAGGAAGAGGAGGAGGAGGAACCCCUGGCCAAGAAAAUCAAACCCAAGGAGAAAACUGCCUCAGCAAAGAAACGGAAAAAGAGUGUAGACACCGCAAAGAAAUCCUCCAAGAAGAAGAAGGCUUUGUCUAGCGAUGAGGCAGAGACAGAUUACGAAGAGCUGUCAGAGGAGGAGGAGGUUGAGGAAGCAGAUGAAAGUGAUGAGUUUGUUCCAGAGAAGCCAAGCAGUGGCAGAAGCAAAAAGAAGGACUCCAAGAGGUCCAAGCCAAGGGAAAGAAAGAAGUCCAGAGCAAGGAGUAGCUCGAGCAGCGAGGAGGACCAAGAUGAGGCGGGCCAGUCAGAGGAGGAGAAGGCGGCAUCCAGUAGCGACAGCGAAAGUGAUGAUGAGCCAGUGGUCAAGAAACCCAAGAAGGAGAGGGUGAAAAAAGAAUCUGUCAAGAAACCCAGAACCAAAGCAGAGAAAAAGCCAAGAGCACCCAGAACCAAGAAAAAAUCCCCAAGCGUGCCAGCUCCGAAGAAAGAACUUAGCAUCAGCUUAAGCAGCUCAGACUCCUCAUCAGACGACAGCGACUAUGUUUCCAAGUGGCGUAAGCAGGAAGAGGCCCGCCGGGCCAAGAUUGAGGAGGAGAAGAAGAAGAAGCAAGAGGAGCAGUAUCGCCUGAUGCGGGAGAAGGAACGCCUCCAAGAGGAGAUGGAACGGCUGGAGAAGGCUCAGAAGAAGAAGAAAAAGAAAAAGCGCAGCUCCUCAGAGUCCAAGGAUAAGCACGUCGAGAGCGAGGAUGAGGAACGACGGCUUGUGGACAGCGAUGACGACAGCGACCAUCUUGUCAUUGACGAGACACCGCUGACCAUCAAACCUAAGCGGGAGACGAAGAAAAAAGCGAAGAACAAUGAGGCACCUGCGAAAGUAGUAAAGGAGGAGCAGGUGGUACCCAGGACAGUAGAGGAUGAGGAUGAAGAGGAGGAGGAUGAGGUGGAUAAACCGAGCGUGGAGGGGUCCAAGACAGAUCCAGCUGAUCGGAAAGCAGAAAAGCUCAAGAAGAAAGAGGACAAGGACAAGAAAAGGCAAGAGAAAGAGCGGAAGAAGCAGGAGGAGAAAGAGCGCAAGAAAGAGGAGAAGCUGAAGAAGAAGUUGGAGGAGAAGAAAAAGGAGUUGGAAGCCAAGAAGAGGAGGGAGGAGGAGCGACGACGGCGGGAGGAGGAAGAGGCACAGCGGCAGAAAGAGGCCAAGAAAAGACGAGAAGAGGCAAGGAAACGACAGGAAGAGGAGCAGAGACAGAUGGAAGAGCAGCAAAGGAAAGAAGAGGAAAUGAAACCAGCAGCCAUGGAGCAGAGCAAUGACAAGGAGAUAUCUAAACCGGACAAGCUGGAGAGGAAAAGACCGGAAAAGAAGAAAGGACUUAGUAAAUUGGAAGAGACGGUUGAAAGAUUGCAUCUAGAGCUCAAAGUCUCUUUAAGUAUGGAUCACCCGGAUCCAGCCAAGAGCUUGGCAGUGAUGGCUCAAAUUGAUGACCUCGGCGGAACGUUGACACCAGGCGUCUUAAGGAAAAGCAAAGACUUCGUUCAGACAAUUAAGAAGGUCAGAAAGUAUAAACCGGAUGAGAAAGUUCGCAAGAAGGCUGAAUAUCUCUACAACAAGCUGAAGUCUAUCUGUCUCAUGCAAGAAACAACUGGUGGCGUUGAAGAGAAGAAACACAUAACGGAACAAACUGACAUAACAGCAGCAGAAGACAACACAGGAGGAGAUAUGAAGCCUGUCGUUGAGCCAAGAAUACAAGAAAACGGAACUCCGGAGGAUGAACCCAGUAAAACCAAUGUGGAGGAUCAGGUGACGGCUAAUGCUGACACUAAGGCAACGGCCAAUACUCCAACAGAAGAGGCGUUCAGUGCCCUGGCAGACCCUCCAGUGGAACUCCCCAAAGCAGAAGACUCGGAGCAUCUUGGAGCAAAGGAACUGCCAGAGGAACCAAUUGAGGAGCCAAAAGAGGAAUCGGUUCCAGAACCUGAGCCAGUUAGAACUGAAGAUGAGACGGACAAUAAGAGAACAGUUGGAGAUGACGUGAGACCCAAGGAUGUUGAGAACAAGGAGGAGGAUGCCUUUGCUGUGAAAGAUGAGGUGGAGGAGGGGGAAGUGGAGGAGGGGGAAGUGGGGGAGGCAGACGAAGAAGACGAUGAGGAAGGAGAAGGCAGGAGAGACCUCUCAGAGAGGCUAGAGAAGAUCUUUGGCAGCCAGGGAGGCUUCCAGAUACCAGGGCUGGUCAUGGACGGAGGUGAGGAGAAACCCAAGGGGUCUGGGGAGAAGAGGAGAGAGCAGAAACGAGACAGGAGGAGGUCAACAGGGAUGUCUGGAGAUCAGAUCGGCGAGCAGCCCAUGGAUCUAGAUGAAGAUACGGAAGAAGGCAACAACUCUAAGGGUGAAAACACAGCGACAGACCAGGCUUUCAGUGAUGAUAACAUGGAUCUCGAUUCUGAUGAGAACUGAACUGGUGUUAGAGUUGAGAAUAGUGUAGGCCCUGUUGACAACUAAAAAAAAACUACCAUUGAGCACUAUUUUUUGGGAGCUCGCUGGGCAGUAACACGAUGAGGAACAGAUACAAUAUGGCCUCCGAAUGAGUUGCGUGUUUAGGCAUCAUGGAAUGGCGUGUUCAGCCAUAGAAAUGGAAUGUUCGGCAUCAUUUUGCAAUGACAACAUUUGGAUGCUGCAACCGAAAUGUCUUCACCAACUUGCCAUCGGGACGCGUCAACUCUUGAACUGAAUGCUGUUUCCCGGAUGUUAAUCUUUCAUCUAACGGCGGUUGUCUUCACAUGUUCAUUUGUCAGAAGCACUCCAUGUUGUUGAACAAUACAGUGGAACGGUGGCUUAUU